AUGGUCCUGCUGGUGCAGCGAUUCGGUGAGCUGAUGCGCAAGCUGUGGAACCCACGGAACUUCAAGGCCCACGUGUCACCCCACGAGAUGUUACAGGCCGUAGUGCUGUGUAGCAAGAAGAACUUCCAGAUCACCAAGUAAGGUACGAUUUUAUUAUAUCACAUUCAGUUAGGCCGUGAGCCAUGAUUCUUAAGAACAAAAUGUUUUUAGUACAGUCAAAUGUAUGUACAGUUGAAGUCAGAAGUUUACAUACACCUUAGCCAAAUACAUUUAAACUCAGUUUUUCACAAUUCCUGACAUUUAAUCCUAGUACAAAUUCCCUGUCUUAGGUCAGUUAGGAUCACCACUUUAUUUUAAGAAUGUGAAAUGUCAGAAUAAUAGUAGAGCGAUUUAUUUCAGCUUUUAUUUCUUUCAUCACAUUCCCAGUGGGUCAGAAGUUUACAUACACUCAAUUAGUAUUUGGUAGCAUUGCCUUUAAAUAGUUUAACUUGGGUCAAACGUUUCGGGUAGCCUUCCACAAGCUUCCCACAAUAAGUUGGGUGAAUUUUGGCCCAUUCCUACUGACAGAGCUGGUGUACAGUGGGGGGGAAAAAAGUAUUUAGUCAGCCACCAAUUGUGCAAGUUCUCCCACUUAAAAAGAUGAGAGAGGCCUGUAAUUUUCAUCAUAGGUACACGUCAACUAUGACAGACAAAAUGAGAGAAAAAAAUCCAGAAAAUCACAUUGUAGGAUUUUUUAUGAAUUUAUUUGCAAAUUAUGGUGGAAAAUAAGUAUUUGGUCACCUACAAACAAGCAAGAUUUCUGGCUCUCACAGACCUGUAACUUCUUCUUUAAGAGGCUCCUCUGUCCUCCACUCGUUACCUGUAUUAAUGGCACCUGUUUGAACUUGUUAUCAGUAUAAAAGACACCUGUCCACAACCUCAAACAGUCACACUCCAAACUCCACUAUGGCCAAGACCAAAGAGCUGUCAAAGGACACCAGAAACAAAAUUGUAGACCUGCACCAGGCUGGGAAGACUGAAUCUGCAAUAGGUAAGCAGCUUGGUUUGAAGAAAUCAACUGUGGGAGCAAUUAUUAGGAAAUGGAAGACAUACAAGACCACUGAUAAUCUCUCUCGAUCUGGGGCUCCAUGCAAGAUCUCACCCCGUGGGGUCAAAAUGAUCACAAGAACGGUGAGCAAAAAUCCCAGAACCACACGGGGGGACCUAGUGAAUGACCUGCAGAGAGCUGGGACCAAAGUAACAAAGCCUACCAUCAGUAACACACUACGCCGCCAGGGACUCAAAUCCUGCAGUGCCAGACGUGUCCCCCUGCUUAAGCCAGUACAUGUCCAGGCCCGUCUGAAGUUUGCUAGAGUGCAUUUGGAUGAUCCAGAAGAGGAUUGGGAGAAUGUCAUAUGGUCAGAUGAAACCAAAAUAUAACUUUUUGGUAAAAACUCAACUCGUCGUGUUUGGAGGACAAAGAAUGCUGAGUUGCAUCCAAAGAACACCAUACCUACUGUGAAGCAUGGGGGUGGAAACAUCAUGCUUUGGGGCUGUUUUUCUGCAAAGGGACCAGGACGACUGAUCCGUGUAAAGGAAAGAAUGAAUGGGGCCAUGUAUCGUGAGAUUUUGAGUGAAAACCUCCUUCCAUCAGCAAGGGCAUUGAAGAUGAAACGUGGCUGGGUCUUUCAGCAUGACAAUGAUCCCAAACGCACCGCCCGGGCAACGAAGGAGUGGCUUCGUAAGAAGCAUUUCAAGGUCCUGGAGUGGCCUAGCCAGUCUCCAGAUCUCAACCCCAUAGAAAAUCUUUGGAGGGAGUUGAACGUCCAUGUUGCCCAGCGACAGCCCCAAAACAUCACUGCUCUAGAGGAGAUCUGCAUGGAGGAAUGGGCCAAAAUACCAGCAACAGUGUGUGAGAACCUUGUGAAGACUUACAGAAAAUGUUUGACCUGUGUCAUUGCCAACAAAGGGUAUAUAACAAAGUAUUGAGAAACUUUUGUUAUUGACCAAAUACUUAUUUUCCACCAUAAAUUGCUAAUAAAUUCAUUACAAAUCCUACAAUGUGUUUUUCUGGAUUUUUUUUUCUUCUCAUUUUGUCUGUCAUAGUUGACGUGUACCUAUGAUGAAAAUUACAGGCGCCUCUCAUCUUUUUAAGUGGGAGAACUGGCACAAUUGGUGGCUGACUAAAUACUUUUUUCCCCCACUGUAACUGAGUCAGGUUUGUAGGCCUCCUUGCUCGCACACGCUUUUUCAGUUCUGCCCACAAAUAUUCUAUAGGAUUGAGGUCAGGGCUUUGUGAUGGCCACUCCAAUACCUUGACUUUGUUGUCCUUAAGCCAUUUUGCCACAACUUUGGAAGUAUGCUUGGGGUCAUUGUCCAUUUGGAAGACACAUUUGCGACCAAGCUUUAACUUCCUGACUGAUGUCUUGAGAUGUUGCUUCAAUAUAUCCACAUCAUUUUCCUUCCUCAUGAUGCCAUCUAUUUUGUGAAGUGCACCAGUCCCUCCUGCAGCGAAGCACCCCCACAGCAUGAUGCUGCCAACCCUGUGCUUCAUGGUUGGGAUGGUGUUCUUCGGCUUGCAAGCCUUCCCCUUUUUCCUCCAAACAUAACAAUGGUCAUUAUGGCCAAACAGUUCUAUUUUUGUUUCAUCAGACCAGAGGACAUUUCUCCAAAAAGUACGAUCUUUGUCCCCAUGUGCAGUUGCAAACCUUAGUCGGGUUUUUUAUGGCGGUUUUGGAGCAGUGGCCUCUUCCUUGCUGAGCGGCCUUUCAGCUUAUGACGAUAUAGGACUCGUUUUACUGUGGAUAUAGAUACUUUUGUACCUGUUUCCUCCAGCAUCUUCACAAGGUCCUUUGCUGUUGUUCUGGGAUUGAUUUGCACGUUUCGCACCAAAUUACGUUCAUCUCUAGGAGACAGAACGCGUCUCCUUCCUGAGCGGUAUGACGGCUACGUGGUUCCAUGGUGUUUAUACUUGCGUACUAUUGUUUGUACAGAUGAACGUGGUACCUUCAGGCAUUUGGAAAUUGCUCCCAAGGAUGAACCAGACGUGUGGAGGUCUACAAUUUUUUUUGAGGUUUUGGCUGAUUUUCUUUUGAUUUUCACAUGUCAAGCAAAGAGGCACUGAGUUUGAAGGUAGGCCUUGAAAUACAUCCACAGGUACACCUCCAAUUGACUCAAAUGAUGUCAAUUAGCCUAUUAGAAGCUUCUAAAGCCAUGACAUAAUUUUCUGGAAUUUUCCAAGCUGUUUAAAGGCAGUCAACUUCUGACCCACUGGAAUUGUGAUACAGUGAAUUAUAAGUGAAAUAAUCUGUCUGUAAACAAUUGUUGGAAAAAUUACUUGUGUCAUGCACAAAGUAGAUGUCCUAACCAACUUGCCAAAACGAUAGUUUGUUAACAAGAAAUUUGUGGAGUGGUUGAAAAUGAGUUUUAAUGACUCCAACCUAAGUGUAUGUAAACUUCCGACUUCAACUGUAUGUGUUGCCCUUUAUGUUGCGAAUAAACUAAUCUGCUGAUUGGUCUCUGUCCUGUAGGGGAUGCUGUGGACUUUCUGUCAUGGUUCAUGAAUGCUCUGCACAGCGCACUGGGAGGAACCAAGAAGAAACCUUGUGAGUGGGAGGUGAAGGGGACUGAUGACUGGGGUGGAGGGAGUGAUGUUGGGGAAGGAUAUGACUUAAACCUUUUUCAUUGUCUUUAUCAUUCAGUGUUGUCUUCCUCACUAUACAACCUAUGAGAUUAACAAAGAUAUCUCCCUCUUCUGUCCCAUCUGUCGCCUAUCGCCAAUAUAGCAAGCCUUACCAAAGUGUUCCAGGGUUCCAUGCGUAUCUUCUCCAAGAAGCUUCCUCACCCAGAUUUGGUGAGUGGCUUAUUGUCAGACCUUUGUAAAAUGAAGACUGCAUCAUUGUAUCAAAGUUUAAAUCCUUACUUGUAAAUUCAUGACUUCAAUAUGAUUACAUAUUUGAAAAUCUAAAUAGUUAAUAUUACAUACCUUUCUCUCUCUCCAGCCACCAGAAGAGAAGGAGGCUCUGCUGUUGAAGGAGGAGUACCAGGAGGAGAUGUCGGAGUCUACCUUCCUCUUCCUGACCCUUGACCUCCCCACAGCCCCACUGUACAAGGAUGAGAAGGAGCAGCUCAUCAUCCCACAGGUCCCCCCCUUCAACAUCCUGGCAAAGUUUAACGGCAACACAGAGAAGGUACUGCCCUCAAACUCCCACUUACAUUAGCUCAGAGGAACAGCACUCCUAUCUUCAAGCCAACCAUCUCUCCCACCAAGUUAAAUGAAAACUAGCCUCAGAAGCCUAGGCUUCUCACGUUUUGUUUGAAAGCCUCAUGAAGACGGUAUAAAGGGGUGGGCUAGAUGGAAACUAGUGAUGCGUUGCCACUUAUCAAGCCAAACAAAUGUUGCAUGGGUUGCUCUACCAACCAAUGUUGUUUCAGAAAAAUUCUGACUUGCAACAAGCUAGCUAGCAUAGGAUACAAAACUAAUGCUGCAUAGGCUACUAAAACAAAAGCGAGUGUUAACAGCCAGCGCUCCCAUCCAAAGCAAAAUCUUUCAAAAGUCGAGUCAACGGGACAAGAUUUGGAAAGAUGGUCUGUGAGACUUCAGCUUCUGUUUGAAAUAAUCUUAAGUGCUUUAUCACCUCUUGAUUUUCCUCACCUCUUCGCACUUUCCUCUGGUCCCUUCACCCUCCUGUUUGCUUUUAGGAGUAUAAAACCUACAAAGGGAAUUUCCUCAAAAGGUUCCAGUUGCUCAAGCUUCCCCCCUAUCUCAUCCUCUGCAUCAAGAGGUUCACCAAGAACAACUUCUUUGUGGAGAAGAACCCCACCAUCGUCAACUUCCCCUUCACGUAAGAGAUUGUUGCAUACUUUCCCCAUGUACUCAAUGGUUAUUUAGCAUCAUGCUCAGCCUGAUGAUUUCAUGUCUGUAUUUUUGACUCCUUGCAUUUGCUCCUUGACCAGGAACGUAGACCUUCGUGAGUACCUGACAGAAGAGGCACAGGUCACAGAGAAGAACACCACCUAUGACCUGGUGGCCAACGUGGUGCAUGAUGGGAAGCCCACUGAUGGGGCAUACAGAAUACAUGUCCUGCAUCAUGUAAGUGACAGCUGCAUUUUUUAGGACUUUCUCCUAGUGUACUCUAAAGGAUCACAUUUGCAGAGCUUUAGAUGUGCAGUAUUUUAUGACAUAGUGAAAUAAAUACUCGUCCUGUUCAGUUAUUGGUGCUAAUGUGUGCCUUUUUUGGGGGGUCACUGAAGGGCACUGGGAAGUGGUACGAGCUGCAGGACCUACAGGUGACAGAUAUCCUGCCCCAGAUGAUCACACUGUCAGAGGCCUACAUUCAGGUAAGCUCUGUUGUCACAUUGACAACUGAUUAUACAAGAUGCUGUUCUCUAAUUUACAGGUUUAUGUCUAGAUAAGUUACUGACUCCCUGUAACUGUCAGUUGUGUUGUGUGGUUCUGUGUUCCAGAUUUGGAAAAGAAGAGAGAACAAAGAUGACAAAACUAACCACACAGGGGUGUGAAUAAGGCAUUGAUCGUAUUGAAAGAUUGAUUGUACAGGCAAGAGAUGUCACUUGCCGGCCAGUGGUCAGACGAGCCCCAAAAAGCCACCAGAGUGGAACUGGACACUGUCCAAGAUUACCUAACGGUAAGCCCCCACCACAGGACUUUUUAUUUGUCGAUUUUGGAUAUUGAGAAAACAAUGUCUACUAUUUUUUUGUUCUUCACGUCAGCUUUUAACUG